GUGUCGCAUUUCCCUUUCGAUUGGCAGAAUUGUUCCCUGAAUUUCCGCUCGGGCUCCUACGGCCCCUCCGAGCUGCGCCUGCGCCUGGGGGGGGCUCAGGUGCUGCUGCCCCCCGACUUCCAGGACCGCUCGGGGGGUACCUGGGGCCCCCCGGGCUCACCUGUGGGCGUUUCCUUUCACCUGGUGCUGCGUCGGAAGCCGCUCUUUUACCUGGCCACGGUUCUGGCUCCGUGCGUGCUCAUCACUCUGCUGGCCCUGGGUGUUUUCCACCUGCCCCCAGACGCAGGUGAGAAGAUGUCGCUGUCCCUCUUUGCCCUGCUCACCUUGACCGUGUUCCUGCUGCUCUUGGCUGACAAAGUCCCGGCCACGUCGCUGCAGGUGCCGCUCAUCGGCCGUUACCUGACGGCCACGCUCGUGCUGCUCACCUUGGUGGUGGCUCUGAGCGUGGGGGUGCUCAACCUGCACCACCGCACACCUGGCACGCACGGGAUGCCCACCUGGGCACGCCAGGCCCAGGACGAGUGGCGAGCGCUCGCCAUGACCGUGGAUCGCCUUUGCCUCUGGGCCGUGCUCGCCCUCACCGGCGCAUGCGCACUGGGCACGGGCCUGGACGCGGCCUUGCACCGACCCCCGGCCACGCCUUUCCCGUGA